CCCAUUUCUAACCCUAAACUACAAAACCUUUCACUUAGCUUGCUGCCUUAGAUAUCCUUUACACCCAUUAUACCGUGAAUCCUCUUUUCAUAUCUCAAGAUGGUACUGAUGAUGAAGAGGAAGUGUUUAGGAGUGCUGCUAAUUACUCUUCUCUUGUUCAUCUUUUUGGCUCUCUCCUUUGUCAAAUCUUCCAUUGCAGUCCCUACAACCAGAAGCCUGAUGAUCAACCUUGCAGGGAACCCUUCCCCAUCUGUACUUCAACAUGGCUUACCGUCUCAGGGUGCAACAGUGAUGAAGUUGAGUGAUGAUGUAGUAAUUACUGAAGGAAGGAUGGUGGUGGAGAGCUUGGAUUAUCCUGGAACAGGAGCCAACAACCACCAUGACCCUAAAACCCCUGGCAGAUCUUAAUUACAACUAAUUAUUAUUAUUAUUAUUAGUUUUCAAUUAGUUAAUUAUCUGUCUGUAUGGGUGGGUGGGGUGGUGUUUGCUGAUACAUAUUAGCAUGUUUACAUGCAUGUGGCCUAGCUAGCUAUACACUCUGUUUGGGAAGAGGUGCAAAUGGUGGGAGUGCAAUGUGGAGGUGCAAAUGGUGCUUUCAAUGAAUUUGCACUUAUUUGGUUAAAUUCCAACAGUAGGAGGGGGAGCAAGUUGGGGGUUUUUCUACUGUUUUGGUGUGCCCUCCGAUUUGAGGUGCAAGGGAGAGAGAAGGGAGAAGGAAAAAAAGAAAAAUGGAGGUGGGGCCUGAGAGGAGGAAGUUGUGCGGCUGAGGGGAAGGAAAGAUAUGAGAAAUGGGAGAGAAGGUGGGGCCAAGUUGGGUGUGAUGUAGAUUUUUUAUGUAGUUUUUUAAUUGGAAUUAUUUUUAUAUAAAAAUUUGCACCCUCCUACUUUUUUUACCAAACAACAAUUUGCACCCUCCUUCAAUUUGUUCCCCCUAGAAUUUGCACCUCAAUUUGUACCCCCUCGAAUUUGCACCCACCUCGUUGCCAAACAGAGCAUAUAGUCUCUCAGGAGUUGUACUAUAAUUCAUGUAAUGUAAUCUUAAUUAACUUCAGGAUUAAUGCUUUGUAUGUAUAGAAAAAAGGAACUAUAUAAUGGUGUUUGGUCUUAUUAUUAUUAUUUUUAUUAGCAAUUUUGAGAGCAACUAGGGGCGUCUUGUUAGUAUAUAGAGUAGUUAUAGAUACAAAUUGUAAUAUUUGUUUAAUUCAGGUACUGUAUUGUAAUUUAGUUUAAAAGAACUGAUAUAAAUAUUGGAAAAAGAAUAUUGUAAAUUUACUUUUGGUGAAAUAAAAUAGAACUGUUUUCUCUUUCGUAACAUUGUAUUAGAACAAACGUGUUUCUCUGACUAGUUUCUUUUGCUUCCGCUAUCCAAUCUAGGGUUUCUGUUUCUCGAAGCCUUCUCCAAUGGCGACUUCUUCGUCUUUCCAGCCGCCUCGUCCUCUCGUAGCGACUCUCGCGCCUAAUCAUCCAUACUACAUCAGCUCCGGUGAUUCCUCGAUGACGCAACUCGUGUCAAUCGUGCUUACCGGGCCGAAUUACCACUCUUGGGCGAGGUCCAUGCGUUUUGGUCUUUUAUCGAAAAACAAGCACACCUUCAUCGAUCCUGCUGUUGCGACGCCGCCGCCCGGUGAUCCUCUCUACUCUGCUUGGCAGUAGUGCGCCACAAUGGUGCUUGGCUAGAUUAUCCAUUCGUUAGCUCCAGACAUCGGACAAAGCGUUCUCUAGCUCAACUCCGCGGUCAAGGUCUGGAGAGAUCUCAACGAACGUUUCAGCAUCACCAAUCUUGUUCGCAUUGCCGACUUGCCGGACGAGGUCUUCAACCUCAAGCAGGGUAGUAUGUAUGUGAGUGAGUUCUCUACCAAGCUUAGGGUUCUUUGGGAUGAAUUGAUAACAUAUCGUCCAAUUAGGUUUUGCUUGUGUGUUCCAAAGUGUUCUUGUGCUGAGUAUGCUAGAUCUGACCAGAUUAUUCGGUUCUUGAGAGGACUUGGAGAGGAUUUUGAGUCUGUUAGUUCUUCGAUC